AUGUCAGGCCGUGGCUCCAACUUCCGUUGGAUUGAAGAGGAACCGGACCCGGCCUACCCCCCCAAUCGCCCCAGCUCGUACGAGGGCCAUUGUUAUGAAUGUAACAGAACUGGCCAUCUUUCUGGUCAUCCCGCUUGCUGGGUGGCGAAGCUUCGUCAUUCGUUGAUCAACCACUACGAGGCAAAGAUUGCCGCGCUGGAGGCCCGCCUCAGCGAAGCUGAGAACUCUCGUUUGAUCACCAUCAACACCACCCUCGAAAUCGGAAGCCCCCCUUCCGUUAUUGCUCGCUCGUAA